CUGUCAAAUACUUGUUUUAAUUCUGUGUAUUGAGGGUACAUAAAAUGCUAUGAAAUGAGACAAAGACAACAGCCAGUUUAUUCCAGAAAUGUGUAGUCUACAGUGCCAUUUCCAUAACAGAAUGCACAAUGGGUGAUUACUAAUAAAUAUCCUUUGGGCUUGAGUCCACACAAUGUAUUGAAUCUCAAUGAAAGAACUAUCAUAACUCCAAGGAUAGAUCUAACAUAGAGUCAGAAGUCAACAAGUGAAUGUAUUAACUAUCUGUAUUAACUAUCUUUUGAAAAAGGCUUCCUCCCUGGGUUUCUAAUAAGGCUACUUGGUAAACAUGACAAUGACAAUGGUGCAUUUAUAAAGACAAGGAAGUAUCAAGUCUUUUUAUUUUAAUUCAGGUUAUAUGUUCACCUUGAAAAUACUGGAAUGUUCACCCACAACAAAGCUUGACCCUAACAGGCAUACCAUUGUUAUAGCUCUGAGCAGUUCACCUGUUCACCAAAGGGAGAUGGCAUUUUUCGGCUAUUUUAAUGCCUGCCAAGAACAAAGAAUAAUAAAUAACCAGGAUGACUGCUGCCCUCUACGUUGAUGGCUAUCUGCCAUCACUCUUCUCACGAUAUGUGAUAUGUCUCUCUGUUACUGCUGCAGGAUAAUGCAGCCACGAUUUUAACUACUAUGUAUAGCCGGUUCUAUUCUUGUAGUAGUAAUACAAACAGUGGUCACACAGUCAAGUGUUUCUGCCUCAUACAUACAGUGGCUGCUGGGACCACUCUGUCACUUUAGACGACAUCAUGGAUAGCCGUUGAUACUCUGAAUCUCUUCAAAGAAUUGUUUGAUAAUGCAGAAGUGGGCAUUUCUCUGGAGUUCACAUGAAAAUGACCAGAGGUAACAUGAUGGAGACGAGCAGCUGUGCUGAUCAAGAGAUUGACACAGGGAAGGCAGUUUGCCAACAGCAGGGUUUUGUAAAAACACCAGUUAAAGUGAGAUUUGGUGACAGCGUUUUCACGGUGGACAAAGAUGUCCUGGAGCAACACUGUGAAUAUUUUCAGGCUCUUUUCCACUCUGGGAUGAAGGAAUGCCAACAGGAUGAAAUUUGCCUUCAGGCACUGAGUGCCCAUGGAUUCCUGGUCGCACUCCGUGUGAUAUAUGGAGAGAAACCCAUCCUGAGUGGAGACGAAAUUGUUGAAGCCAUUGAGUGUGCAGUCUUCCUUCAGAUAGAGAUUCUAACCAAGCAUCUCAUAAACAUCAUCAAUUCAGACAAUUGCCUGCUCAUGUAUCACACAGCAGCUACUUUUGGGUUACUGAAGCUCUUGCAUAGUGCUGCUUUGUUCAUUCGAGACAUGCAUCAAGACCUCAAAGAAGAUGUGAAGUGUUUGCCUGAAGAUUUGAUAGAAUAUGUAGAGUCUCUUCUCCCUAGUACGUACGUCACUGUUGGUACUCACUCUCCAACGAUCAAGCUGCUGCAGGACUUUAUGAGGACGGUUUGUUACCUUGAUGAAGAUGAGAAAGACUGGAAGGUCCUCACCCACUUGCCUCUCAAUGCCAGCACUACCAUGGCAGGCGUUACGGUAUUAGACAACAAACUCUAUAUUGUUGGAGGAGUCUAUGACAUUACCAACAAAGUUGUGGACUCUGGUUUCUGCUAUGACGUAUCUAAAGACACUUGGAGCACAUUUUCUAGCCCACAACAACUUCGCUACAACUGCUCCCUGGUCGGCCAUGAGGACACCCUCUAUAUCAUUGGUGGUGAGCAUAAUAAAACCAUAAUGUCCUCUGUGGAGAAGUACAAAAUCUCCACGGACACUUGGAGUUUUGCUGCCCAUCUACCAAGACCUGCUGCUGCUGUUGCUUGUGCCAUGACCAUGAGUAGAUUGUUCAUCUGUCUCUGGAGACCCAAGGAUGCUACAGAGAUUUUUGAGUACAUUGUGAAUAAGGAUGAGUGGACAUUAACCACGACACUUGUUAGGCAUCAAAGUUAUGGCCAUUGUAUGGUGGCCCACAGGGACAAUUUAUAUGUAAUGAGGAAUGGGCCAUCUGAUGAUUUUUUGAGGUGCAUGAUGGACAGUUACAAUUUGACCUCAGGUCAGUGGACGGCCAUGACCGGGCAGUAUGAAAAUAGUAAGGGAGCUUUGUUCACCGCAGUAGUGCGAGGUGACUCUGUUUUCACAGUGAACCGCAGAGCGACAGUGGAAUAUGCCAUUGAGGACAACAAAUGGAGGACAAAAAAAGAGAUGUCAGGGUUUCCAAGAAUCGGCUCAAUGUGGACUUUUCUCUUGAGACUGCCAAAGAAAAGCAGUGAGAUUUUGGAAAGGAAACAUAAUGGACAAAAUAUUUCAUUUGACCUUCCUUCAGACUCUUCUGCACUAUGUGCUGAUUGUUAAGUGAUACCAUUUUUGAAUACAUGCACAUUUCAUAUCAAUAGAUUCCUAGAAUUAAAUCUAAUCAGAUAUAUUCCAAUGCCUAAUUUUUGUUGAGACCCAAUGACUCAGUUGUUCCUAUUGUCAGAAAAAAGGGUCUUAGGUUAGAGGUGAGAUGCAGGAAGUUUUUUUUUGACAAUCACAAAUCAUCAGCAGGGAGAGUUUAUCAUAAAAAAUGUGUACUUAGGGUAGUACUCAUUGGCACAGCAGGAGGACUGAAAAGUGUGAAGUGUAUUAGAGUAAAAAAAUUAAUCUAUUUUAUUCUAUGGCCAGUCAUUAAAUGUAUUGAAGGUCAAAUUUUGGAGUUCAUAUCCCCCAGUGUUCUAGCUUCUUUCAAUAAAGUCAGUAAUUUGUUUAAGCUGAUCUAAUGUGAGUUCAU